CGUGGUAAAAAUAAAUGAGUCAGUCUUAAUUAUUUCAAGUUAGCUGUUAGUUUAAGAGCCAAGACCGGGGAAUGAAAAUUGACCUUCUGGAACAAGGAGAAAUGUCAGGGUGUGUAGACAUUGCCAGAGAAGUCUCAAUGUUGUUUUCUUGGUGCAGCCAAGUAGUCAAAUUGUAUCAUCCUGCAGACAUGUUUAUUUAUUGGUCUGUUCCAUGAACUCUCACUUUUCCCUGUAACAGUGACAAUGCACUUGCUGGCCCCGGGAACUUCCUUAACCAAGGAGAGGCCCUGCACUGUGCUGGUGAUUGUAUUUGCAGCCUGUGUUUAUUUUUGUCCUGAUUUGACUUUGACUCUGAGACCAAUAGGCCUUUGCUGAUGGGCACAGCUAGAGAGAAGAAAACAGGAACCAGAGGCAGAAUCAGAGAGAAAGUGGAUGGGCGGCCAGCGUUAUUGGGCAGCCACUGAUCACAAUGUGGAUAAUACAACAGAAAUACUCAGGGAGUGGUUGAAAAAUGUACAGAGAUUCUAUCACUAUGUGGAGUGGAGGCCUAUGGAUGAACCAGAAUCUUACCCUGAUGAAAUUGGACCAAAGCAUUGGCCAAGCUCCCGGUUUGCCCAUGUGAUGAAACUACGGCAGGCAGCCCUUCGAACUGCGAGGGAAAAAUGGUCAGACUACAUUCUGUUCAUAGAUGUUGACAACUUCCUGACUAAUCCACAGACCCUCAAUCUAAUGAUUGCAGAAAACAAAACCAUUGUGGCACCCAUGCUGGAGUCUCGGGGCUUGUACUCUAAUUUCUGGUGCGGAAUCACACCUCAGGGCUUCUAUAAACGGACCCCAGACUACGUUCAGAUUAGAGAAUGGAAGAGGCUGGGCUGCUUUCCUGUCCCCAUGGUUCACUCCACCUUCCUGAUUGACCUCAGGAAGGAAGCCUCUGACAAGCUGAUGUUCUAUCCGCCACACCAGGACUAUACCUGGACCUUUGAUGACAUCAUCGUCUUUGCCUUCUCUAGCAGGCAAGCAGGCAUCCAGAUGUACCUCUGUAACAGAGAACACUAUGGCUACCUGCCCAUCCCCCUGAAGCCCCAUCAGACCCUGCAGGAGGACAUCGAGAACUUCAUCCAUGUGCAGAUAGAAGCAAUGAUUGACGGUCCUCCAGUGGAACCCUCUCAGUUUGUUUCAAGUGUCCCAAAAUAUCCAGACAAGAUGGGAUUUGACGAGAUCUUCAUGAUCAACCUGAAGCGCAGAAAGGACAGGCGGGACCGGAUGUUACGCACCCUGUAUGAGCAGGAGAUUGAUGUCAAGAUUGUCGAGGCUGUGGAUGGAAAGGCACUCAACACAAGCCAGCUGAAGGCCCUGAAUAUUGAAAUGCUACCUGGAUAUCGAGAUCCCUACUCCUCAAGACCUCUAACUAGGGGUGAAAUUGGCUGCUUUCUCAGCCACUACUCUGUCUGGAAAGAGGUAAUUGACCGGGAGCUGGAGAAGACUCUUGUCAUUGAGGACGACGUGCGCUUUGAACAUCAGUUUAAGAAGAAGCUGAUGAAGCUGAUGGAUGACAUCGACCAGGCUCAGCUGGAUUGGGAACUGAUCUACAUCGGUAGGAAGAGGAUGCAGGUGAAGGAGCCAGAGAAAGCAGUGCCCAAUGUGGGAAAUCUGGUCGAAGCCGACUACUCCUACUGGACUCUGGGCUAUGUCAUCUCUCUGGAAGGAGCACAGAAACUGGUUGGAGCCGAUCCUUUUGGGAAGAUGCUGCCAGUGGACGAGUUCCUGCCAAUCAUGUACAACAAGCAUCCUGUAGCUGAGUACAAGGAGUAUUAUGAAUCCAGGGACCUAAAAGCCUUCUCUGCCGAACCCUUGCUCAUCUACCCCACACACUACACGGGCCAGCCGGGGUAUCUGAGUGACACAGAGACCUCGACCAUCUGGGACAAUGAGACAGUGGCCACCGAUUGGGAUAGGACCCAUUCCUGGAAGUCCCGGAAGCAAAGUCACAUCCACCGCAACGCCAAGAACACAGAGGCCCUGCCGUCGCCAACCUCCGUGGACACUGUGCCUUCGAAGGAUGAGCUAUGAAGCCUCCAAGGGGGAAUUCACCACCCUUGAUUUUUCUAACGGGCUAUUCAUCUGUUUGCUCCAGUUUCUUUUAGUGGCCCCCGUCAUCUAAUCAAAGUGGUCUACUGUGAUUGAGCAAAAUUAAUAUAUUCUUGACAGGGGAGGAUAAGAGGGAAACUUAACCCAAAUUUCCUAGGAUGGCUAGAAGAUCAAUUUCCUGGCAACCAUCGAGACAAACCCCAAUCCAGAUACCUAGCCCCUCAGUGUAUUAUCCAUAUGCUACUGCUUCCCACAUUAAGAAUGAACAGUAUGGCCCAGACACUCACCCCUGAGGAAGGUAGUCGCAUCUGUAAGUGGGCAAGCAAGGCAGCCGAGCCAACCGGAUCACAUCCAUUGGUCUCGGGCCUGUUUUCUAUCAUAAGUGUGACCUUGAAAACUUGUGCACCUAACAAGUUUAUAGGUCAGGGGGACCAGAUCAUUUAAGAUCAAAUUAAUUUGGGCUUCGGUUUAAAGGAAUUCUGUGAUGAGCCGAAGCGAGCUGUUCAUCGUAGUCCUCGUUAUCCAAUAGGGAUGAGUAUUUGGGUCUGUCUGAGACUUGGCCUUUGACUAUCAUGGCGAUUGAAGCUCUCAUCAUGAGGCAUCAAGUUUGCCAUGUGGGUAGAGUUUAGUAGAUAUUUGAAGGUUUGUGUAGAUAUUGGAGGAAAAAAGAACUCAGACUUUGGCCUUUUACUGUGGUCACUCGAGUUCAGAUGCUCUAUUUAUGAAGAGAAAUUUAAUAUAUAAGGGGAUUCGGGCCGGUGUCUAACUUCUGUCCCAGGGGUCACUGUGCCUCUGUGGCCUGCCACACUCUCCCCUUCACGCCUGAGGCUGGGCGUGAAUUGUGAGUGUGAGUUUUAUGAGUCACUGCUAAGAGGCAGAGCGCAUUUUCAGGCCAGCAACUGUCCUUGCCUGGAUCUUUCGUUCUAUUUUGAAUUAUUUAUUCUACAAAAUGUGGGGGAAAUAUCUGUAGGAUUGGGCAUAGAAACAGAUUCUUCAAGCUUUCCUAGCACCCUGGGGAGUAGUGAGUGUGAGAUCUGGUUCUCUUGCAUUUCCCAGCCUGGCUCUUCCAGGGAGGCCUGUUGAGUGGGAGAGUCUCACCAUCUGGAAACAAAUGCUCUUCCAUUUCGGAUGACAGAACUUGCUCAGAAAUAAUGGACCGAUCAACUGAUUGAGGCCAACAACCAGGGAAGCUCUCGGAGCCAGCAUCCCAGGCAGAGGACCUCUCUGCUUUCCUCAUGGAUUGAUUUUCCGGAAGGUGCAGUGUUGGGCUACCUUCUGUGCCAAUUCCACAAUCUGUGAUGCUCAAGAUCUCUCAUGAUGCUUCGCCUCAGGUUUGUGUUCGCCCGCCUGCAAGCAGUAAAACUCUGCUUCCAGAAAUACCCUCCCCACACACUCCUCCCCGGGCUUCACGCCUUGGAGCAGAGCUCCCGGGCAGGGUUGCUGGGUAAACCCAGCCCCGCUCCCUGGUGACACCCCCAGGCCGCAGGACAGCAAGGCCACUCGCCUUCCACACCACACCAGCCUCGGCUUCCUUCUUGACUCACUGUCCAUAUUCUUCCGCAUUGACUAGGAGGCAGGGAGGCUGAGGAAGGGGAUCUCAGCCCACUUCAGUCUUUACUGCUUAGACAUACCUGUCAGAGCCUCUUUUUCUUUUCUAAAAAAACAAAACAAAACAAAACAAAAAAACAAAAAAGAGCAUCUGGGGAGCUAGUGAAAAACCCUUAGGUGAUCUCCAAGGUUUCCUUGGGUAUUUUUGAAUUUUGUUUGCAUAUUUGAGUGUGUGCAAGUGUGCCUGACUUUCAUGAUGUAUUUUUUUUAAUAGGGUCGGAGGUGGUCGGGAGGUUGCGGGUGGAGAAAGAUUGAAUUGACUUUUGUGUGGUUUUGUUUAGUGGAGAAUUUUUUUUUUCCCUUUUACUGUCAGCUGGUCUGAUGGGUUUAUGAAUUCUCAUUCUUAAAAGAUAUUGGUCUUAAAUUCUAGAAUUUUAGAUUAGGACUGUUCUACUGUGAAUAAAGUUCUGGCUCCGUUAGCCCA